UGGGUGUUGUAGCUUCCCUGAGUGUCUUGCUGGGCGAGUUGCUCCAGCAAGUGAGGAUGGGAACGCGCCUGGUGACCCCAACUAGGGGCCACCCUCACGUCUGUUUGCUAUUUCUCCUGGUCGUCUGGUUCUUAGUGGAAUGGGUGUCCCCUGACUUCACAGAUAAUGGCCCAUUUACCAUCCGCCAUGAAAGCACUGGCAAAUGCCUUAAAACUGUGAAUGGUUUGGUAGUAGCAGUAAACUGCAAGAAGACCAAUGAUAUGCAAUGGAAGUGGGUAUCACAGCAUCGCCUCUUCCAUGUGGAAUCCCAGAUGUGCCUUGGAAUAGAUAUUGCCAAACCUAAAGAUUCCUUGAAAAUGUUCAGCUGUGAUUCAAAUGCCAUGUUAUGGUGGAAAUGUGAGUAUGGUUCUUUGUACAGUGCUUCCCAGUACAGACUGACUUUGAAGGAUGGACAAGUGACAGCACAUGUAAAUUCGUCAGAUAUUUGGAAGAAAGGAGACUCUGAUGAACACCUUUGUGACCAGCCUUACCAUGUGAUAUAUACUCGGGAUGGGAACUCUUAUGGGAGGCCUUGUGAGUUUCCUUUCUUAAAUGAUGGUGUCUGGCAUCACAAAUGCAUUAGUGAUGGAAAUCAUAAUGGGACAUGGUGUGCUACAUCUUUAAAUUAUCCAUAUGACCAGAAGUGGGGAAUUUGCUUAAAACCAGAGGAUGGCUGUAAAGAUAAUUGGGAAAAGAAUGAGCAAUUUGGAAGUUGCUACCAGCUUAAUACCCAGGCAGCUCUUACGUGGAAGGAAGCAUUAAUUUCAUGUCAGAAUCAAGGAGCAGACUUAGUAAGCAUCUCAAGUGCAGCUGAAUUAAUUCAUCUAAAAGAUAAAGAGGGGAUUCCAAAAAUGUUCUGGAUUGGUUUAAAUCAACUAGACAAUUCAAAAGGUUGGGAAUGGUCUGAUCACACCCCAUUAAAUUUUCUCAACUGGAAUCCAGAAAUUCCCAGUUCAUCUACAGUAGGUGGCUCAAGUUGUGUAAUAAUGAAUGCUGACUCGGGCCAGUGGCACAGUUUUCCGUGUGAAGCUCAGUUCCCUUAUGUCUGCAAGAAGCCACUUAAUGAAACAUCGAAGUCAUCAGAUGUUUGGACAUAUUUAGAGACCCACUGUGAUCCAGGCUGGCUGCCAAACAAUGGCUUUUGCUAUCUGCUGGUAAAUGAAAGUGGUUCCUGGGAUGAGGCAAAUGCAGAAUGCAUAUCCAACCACAGUAACCUAAUCAGCAUGCAGUCUUUAGCAGAUGUGGAAUUAGUUGUCAGAAAGCUCCAUGAAGGAGAAACCAAAGAAGAAAUAUGGACAGGUCUUAAGAAUAAUGAUACACCAGCUUUAUUUAAGUGGUCAGAUGGCACUGAAGUGACUCUUACUUACUGGGACCAAAAUGAACCAAAUAUUCCCUACAAUAAAACUCCUAACUGUGUUUGCUAUUCAGGAAAGUUAGGUCACUGGAGAGUCCAGUCCUGUGAAAAGAAACUCAAGUAUGUAUGCAAGAAAACAGGAAAGACGAUCAAUGAAACAAGAUUGGAUAAGGACUGCCCUCAAGAAGAGGGCUGGGAGAGGCAUGGAGAAGCAUGUUACAAGAUCUUUAAGGAUGAGGUCCCCUUUGGAACUCACUGCAAUCUCACAAUAACUAGCAGAUUUGAGCAAGAAUUCUUAAACAACAUGAUUAAAAAGUACAGUAAAGGUGGAGGAAAAUUCUUUUGGGCUGGCUUGAGAGAUGAAGAUUCACGAGGAGAAUAUAGAUGGGCCAGUGUAGAUGGGAUGAAGCCAGUUGUGACCUACGUAAACUGGAAUUCUCUUGAGCCAGCUUCACCAGGUGGAUGUGUAGCUCUUGCAAGUGGAAAUUCACUUGGAAAAUGGGAGGUCAAGGAUUGUAAAAGCUUCAAAGCCCUUUCUAUUUGCAAGAAAAGAAUUGGGCCCCCAGAGCAUGAGGAAGCAGUUCCUAAACCUGAUGAUCCCUGUCCCAGUGGAUGGCACAGUUUACCAACAGGGCUUUCCUGUUAUAAGCUGUUUCACAAAGAGAGAGUUGUAAGAAAAAGAACUUGGGAAGAGGCUGAAAGAUUUUGCGAAGCACUUGGAGCACAUCUUCCUAGUUUUAACCAAAUGGAGGAGAUGAAGGAAUUUCUUAGUUUUCUAAAGAGCCAGCUAAGUGACCAGCGUUGGAUAUGGGUAGGAUUAAAUAAAAGGAGUCCAGAUUCUCAAGGAUCAUGGCAAUGGAGUGACAGUACACCGGUAUCUACUGUGGUCAUAUCAAAUGAGUUUCAGGAAGAUUAUGACAUCAGAGAUUGUGCUGCUUUCAAGGUCAGCCAAAUGCAGUGGAGAAGACGUUGGUAUUUGUAUGAAAACGGGGACUUGAUUAUUUACUUAAGACCUUUUGCUUGUGAUAUAAAACUUGAAUGGGCAUGCCAGAUACCAAAAGGAUAUACUCCGAAGACACCAGAGUGGUUCAACCCUGAUCGGGCUGGAAUUCAUGGACCUCCAGUUGUUAUUGAAGGCAGUGAAUAUUGGUUUGUUCCCAAUACUCACUUGAACUAUGAUGAAGCAGUCCUAUAUUGUGCAAGUAAUCAAAGCUCUCUUGCUUCUCUGAAGUCUCUCACAGCACUAAAUGCCAUCCGAGACAAAAUUGCAAAUCUAUCUAAUGACCAACAAAAGUGGUGGAUUAAAAGUCUCAAUAACCUAAGAAGUUAUCAUGAUAUAAGCUUUCACAUGUGGCAUCGUUUUCCUAUGAUAUAUGAAAAGGAGUGCUGGUCCGUCUCUUCCAAGAAUUGGUUUAGAGACUUAAACAAGCCAUCACACUGCAGAAUCAAGCUUCCUUUCAUAUGCGAAAAAAAUAUCAUAUCUUCAUUAGAGAAAUAUACUCCACAGUCAGCUUCUAAAGUCCAGUGUUCUGGGGAAUGGAUUUCAUUUAAGGAUAAGUGUUUUCUAAAGAUUAAACCAAAGCUUUGUACAUUUUUUGAAGCUAAGGAAGCUUGUCAUACCUAUGGCGGUACCCUUCCUUCAGUCCUGAGCCAAAGUGAACAAGACUUUAUUACAUAUUUACUGCCCGACUUGGGAGAUAAUGUUUGGAUUGGUUUGUCCAGAAGCACCACGACAAAGAUGAGUAAAUGGACUGAUAAUAACAGGCUGUUAUACAGUAACUUUCACCCAUUAUUGCAGGGACGGGAGCAAAGGAUACCAAUGGAUUUUUUUGAUGAAGACGCAAACAGCCAUUGUGCUGUGAUGCUCAACCUUCAGAAUUCGACGUUAACUGGGACAUGGAAUUUAACUUCCUGUCAAGAACAGCAUAAUUUAUCUCUAUGUCAAAAAUAUUCAGAAAUUCAAGAUAAUCGCAUGUUGCCAAACACCUCUAGCAUUAUAAAGUAUCAAGAUUAUUCCUACAAAAUAAUCCUGAAAGCGAUGACUUGGUAUGAGGCCCUGAAGGAGUGCCAAAACGAAACCAUGCAGUUAGUGAGCAUCACAAAUCCUUAUCAACAAGCUUUCCUUACUGUGCAGACUGUUCUCAGUAAUUCGUCAUUGUGGAUUGGACUCUCAAGCCAAGAUGAUGAACUCAACUAUGGCUGGUCAGAUGGAAAACAUUUCAGCUUUAGCCGCUGGUCUGAAAAUAGUGUACAACUUGAAGACUGUGUAAUUUUGGACACUGAUGGUUUCUGGAAAGCUUCUGGCUGCAGAAGCAUCCAGUCGGGGGCUAUCUGUUAUACCUCAGGAAAUGAGGCAGAAAAAGAGGUAAAGAAAGCUGACACGGUUAAAUGUCCAUCUACGGUUCUCAAUACACCUUGGAUACCAUUUCAGAACAGUUGCUACAAUUUCAUGAUUGCCAAAAAUAGGUUCCUAGCAGUAACAUAUGAUGAUGUGCAACUUAAAUGUCAGAAUCUAAAUCCAAAGGCACACGCUCUGAGUAUUCGAGAUGAGAGAGAGAAUGACUUUGUUCGUGAACAGCUUCUGUACUUCAAUUAUAUGGCUUCCUGGAUAUUGUUGGGUAUAACUUAUGAUGAUGACUCUUUAAAGUGGUCUGACAAGACUGCCUUGUCCUAUACAAACUGGAAAACAGGAAGACCAACUAUAAAAAACAAGAAAUUUUAUGCUGGCUUGAAUACUGAUGGUGUCUGGGAUAUCUACCUUUAUAAUAGUGUCGAAGAAGCUCUUUAUUUUCACCAACGCAGCAUUCUUGCCUGUAAAAUUGAAACAGUUGACUACAAGGAAGAAUACAAUCGUACCCUGCCACAAUUAAUUCCAUAUGAAGAUUCUAUAUAUAAUGUUGUUCAAAAAAAAUUCACAUGGUAUGAAGCAUUGAAAGAAUGUUCCCAAAACGAGAGCUCUUUAACAAGUGUACAUGACAAAAACGGUCAACUCUUUUUGGAGGAUCUUGCAAAACGUGAUGGAUUUCCAUUAUGGACUGGACUGUCAAGUCACGAUGGAAAUGACUCAACUUUUGAGUGGUCUGAUGGAAGCACAUUUGACUAUAUUCCAUGGAAGGAACAAUAUUCUACAGGAAAUUGUGUUGUCUUGGAUCCUAAAGGAAUUUGGAGACAUGAAAAAUGCAGCUCUGUUAUGGAUGGUGCUAUUUGUUAUAAACCUAAAAAAGGGACGCAUCAUGGUAUAAUGGCAAGCACAUCAGCUCUCUAUUUAGAAGACCUAGCUAAAAAGCAAACUCUUCAAAAAUACUCAUCACGAUGUCCAUCACCCAAAGGGACUCCAUGGAUUCCAUUUGGAGAUUCCUGUUAUACCUUUGAGAAGGCAUUGCACAAUUUCUCUGAGGCCAAACAACUCUGUUCAGAACUUGAUAGUGCAGCAACCAUUGUUAACAUAAAAAAUGAAGAUGAGAACAUGUUUGUGAGCAGAAUGAUAAGAGAACAUAAUUAUGUCACGAUGAGAGUUUGGCUUGGAUUAUCUCGACACUCUAAUGAUGAGUCUUGGAGUUGGUUGGAUGGUUCAGUAGCAGAGUAUGUUAAAUGGGGAAAUGAAAGUACCAAUAUUGGUGGAAAUUGUAGCAUCUUGCUGGCCUCAAGUGAAACAUGGACUAAAGUUAAAUGUGACCAAGGCCAUGGAAGAGUCGUCUGCAAAGUCCCUAUGGGAACAAACUACAAAGGAGUGGCUAUAGCAAUUGCUGUUAUGACUUUCUUAGCUUUGGUUUGUGUGCUGAUGUGGUACCUCUACCAAAAGAAACGUUUUCACUGGGCUGGCUUCUCUUUGGUGCACUUUGACCAUGGGGUGAAUGAAGAUGAGAUUAUGCUUCCAUCAUUCCAUGACUGAAUUAUUCUAAAAGCUUAUUGAUUUGCCGUUUGUUGAAGAAAAGUAGGUUUUCAAAUAUAUUGCAAGGAGUAUGUGUCUACUUCACAUGGACCAAAUUUGAAGCCUUUAGGAACAUUUUAGGUCUCUAAACUUUGAUUGAUUGUUUUUUUUUUAAUGUUCAUACAGUCACAUGCCAUUUUUUAUUAUUUUAAUGAUUAGAGUGGUAAGACUAGAAUGAAAAAACUGAAUUGCAAAUAGGACAGUUAGUUUAAUGGACAUCUGAGCUAACCAUGUUACUAUAGAGGAUAUAGAAUACACAAGAAAAUGAAUGAAUGCUAUUGUGCUAGGUCACAUCUCUAAUUGGUGGAAAAACUGAAGGUAGAAGUUGCAUUGUAUUAGAACAUUCUGGCUUGUCAACAAUGUAAUUUCCACAUAUGCAAUCAAUUUACUACCGGUAUACACUGGUUAGUACAACAAAGUGUAUAAUCAGGGAGCAACCAAAUUUAAACAUGACCAGAGAUGUGUGGUUUUUUUCCUCUAUUUUUAGUCAUUUUCCUCAGGAUUAAGAGGUAGACGUUAAAGACAGGGAGAAGGGGAAAAGGGCAAGAUCUUUUCCCAAGGUGAAACAAUAAACAAUGACUGACUCAUGCUUUGUAAAAGUGUCAACUUUUAGCAAGCUGCUUCUUAUGCUACACAUUUUGAUGAUAACUAAGAUUUCUUUCAUCUCAAAAAUCCCUCUCUUAUUCAUAAUUUUACUUAGAAUGACACAGCUUUUAACCUUAGGAAGGCUUUGGUUCUUCAUUUCCUAAAGUAUGGGGGAAAAACACUAUGGGCAUUUAGAUGGGUAUUUAGUGUUCACCCCAUUACUAUGACAGUGUUUUUAUAUAAUUAUAUAUGUACUGACAGUCAUUGUUUCCCAUUAGAGGGAACCACCUACAGAAACAACUGGAAAAUGAGACAUGGUAUACCUCACUGGGCUAAUUUUUAAGACAAUUUUGACUGAGACUGCUCUCCUGCUUCCCCACCACACCCUAAAAAAAAAACUAAGAACAUCAGUGAAUAAGCAUUUAUUAAAUGUGUAUCAUGUUCCAGGGGCUGUGCUGAGCACUGGGUAUACAAAGAAAGGCAAAAGCAGUAUCUGCCCGUAGAAAGCUCCCAUUCUAAUUGGGGAGGAGGCAGCAAGUAAAUAUGUAGAUGGUAUAUACAAGAUAACCUUAAAGGGGAAAUUAGGGCAAUGAAGAGAAUAAUGGAUGUAUCCUAUACCUGUGAACAUAGAUAGAUUGAGAUUUAAAAUAUUACUACAAUUCCUAAUAUAAUAUUUAAUAUCAUAAUUUGUCAAGGAACAUUAAUUUUCUAUGGUUAAUGCUGUAACAUUUUAUAAUUUGGCAUCUAGUUCUAAUAAUGGCACCCUCUGGAAAUGCUAAUUUUGUAUAAAUGUUUUAUUCAGUAUUCUACUUAUAAAUAUUUGCACUUCUGAGAAUUUUUGUGUACAAAUAUGCAUAGUUUUAUUUUAUAGCUUGCUCCCAAGGCUAUUAAAUUAUGUUAAAGUUGUGAAUAGUUUUCUAAAUAAGUCUUAAUAUAUUCUGCAAAUAUCUUGUUUUAUUGGAAUACACAAAUGCCUUAAGUCCAUCAUACUAGUUUCUUUGCCCCAGAAAUAGUACAACAUAGCAUCUGAGUCUAUAUCAUUGAAAGAGCUAAGAUAAUAAUGUAUUUGUGGGAGAUGUGCAAAUAUGUACAGUAACAAUGACUUACAGAGUUUUUCUUAAUAAAAAAUUUGGAAUUCUUUUAGAAAA